GAGCGAAGGAAGGGAGGGUGGAAGGAGAAGGAGGGGAAAAAAGAAAGAAACGAAAGCAGGGUAGUUUCUUGCAGGCUGAGUGUUUAGCUGAAGGGUGGAGACUCGGAGCAGCAGCGAGGAGGAGGAGGGAGGAUCUCAGCUGGAGUAGAUAGAGGGAGAGAGAGGGAGGAAGGCACACAGAGAGAGGAGUGUUGUGGAUGUAAUCGCCUGCCUCGCUGACUUACUGACUGUGUGUGACAGGAAAGCGAUCGGGGAGAACGUGUGGAUACUACUCUACGGGGCUGGAUGUGUUUGGCAUCGCGCACGGAGAACACAGAACCACAACAGAGGUAGAGAGUGUGGCGGGACGCGAACUGCUGACUGAACUGCAGGCAGAGGAGAACGCGGAGGAGAACGUAGAAAAGACAGAGCACCCCAGACCUGACCGACCGUCGCGCCCAUGGCGAGCAAUAACACGGCCAGCAUCGCACAGGCCAGGAAACUGGUGGAGCAGCUGAAGAUGGAGGCCAACAUCGACAGGAUAAAGGUGUCUAAAGCAGCGGCGGACUUGAUGUCGUACUGUGAAGCUCACGCUAAAGAGGACCCCCUGCUGUCGCCAGUCCCAGCGUCAGAGAACCCGUUCAGGGAGAAGAAGUUCUUCUGUGCCAUCCUGUAAACUUCGGCAUGGCCCUUCAGCAGCCUGCUCGGUGUGACACUUUGAACGUGGACGUUCAAAAUACGUAGAAAUCUUCUAGUGGGGGGGCUCGGCGAUUAUUGGCCCCCUUUGUCGAACGGCACCUAAAGAGUGCACAAAUUAAAAACCAGAGUUAACAUGUAACCAUUAAAGGGGUUGUGAUUGCUUUUUGUGAGGGUGUGUGGCAUGUUGAAGGGGCUUUUAGACGACACUAAAGUGAUGAUGAUGAUGAUGUGGAGUGUGAUGAUGAUGAUAACCACCCAGAGAACUGAAGGACUACCAGUCAGCUUACCAGGUCUUCAGGUUGUGAUGUGUACAAACAAACAAACAAACAAAAAAGUAGAUAAAUAAAAAAUAUUUUGUGGUUCUUUUGGGACUUCCAGAUGUUCUGUUAGAUGGUUUGUUGGUGGCUCGAGCACCGUAGGACAGCAAACAAAACUACGCCUACCACUAGAUGCCACCUGGUUAUUGGAAUGUUUUUUAAGUUGUUUAUUUUGUGUUUAUUCCGACUUUACCUAGAUAUCUUUCUAUAAAUGUAUGUGAAGUCUCUCUCUCUCGCUCUCUCUCUCUCUUUUUUUUUACACCAACAGGUUAGUGGAAGCUUUUUUAAUGGGAUGUUUGAAACAUUUGACUCUGUGACUCUAUUUACACCUUUACCUUUCUGAAAAUCAGUCUCUGUGUAUCGACAUCUUAUCUGGCAAAUGUGAUGCAGUUUGUCUCCUUCAGAUACAAACCCUCUUUCUACUCUUUGUAUAAAAUGACUAGCAAGUAAACUGUGCUGUGCUGUGAGUUCUGAACGUUUGUGUUUGUAUCAUUAACUAUUGCAUGAAAUGGACAAACGGUCGUCUUUCUCUCUUUCCUUUCAUGUGGAGAUUGUGUGGAGCAGGAGCAGCCUCGAUCUGGAAGUGAAAAAGAAAUAUUAAAAUGAGAAAUGAUUCAA